AUGGCUUACCAUCAGACCAAGGACGAGACUUUCUUUGUCGAGUCUGACGAAUGUACCAUGGCCAUGCCACGCAUGACCUCCCGCGAGGCUGCCAAGAUGCUCGCACGAAACCGGCAAGAGAUGAUAGGCAACGAGCUGUCCCGCUUGGCCUCUGACGAGUACCUCGAGGACAUCAUGCAGCACAUGCGGCACAUGGAGGACGAGACCCUUCCCGACGUCAACCUGAUCGAUAUGCAGCGCGAGAUUCAGUGGUUCAUGCGCCCGUACCUCAUCGAUUUCAUCGUUGAGGCCCACGCUGCCUUUGCCCUGCUGCCUGAAACCCUGUUCCUGACUGUCAAUCUGCUGGACCGUUACUGCUCCAAGCGUGUCGUUUACAAGCAGCACUACCAGCUUGUUGGCUGCGCUGCUCUGCUCAUUGCCGCCAAGUACGGUGACAAGAAGGACCGUGUGCCCCAAAUCAACGAGCUCAACAACAUGUGCUGCGGCUUGUACGACGCCGGCAUGUUCACCCAGAUGGAGAUGCACGUUCUCAACACUCUGGAGUGGAACAUUGGUCACCCCACAGUUGACUUCUUUGCCCAGCUUAUCAUUGCCGACGAGCGGGACGACCGUGAGGUCGAGCACAUGGCUGCCUACAUCAGCGAGAUCGCACUGUAUCACCGUGAUUUCGUCUCGACCAAGCCUUCGACCAUGGCCCGCGCCUCGCUGGCUCUCGGCCGUGCCAUCCUCGGCCGCCCUGAGGUCAACGACGGCGAGUGGGACCACGCUGACAACGUCACUCUGCUCACUCUGUCCCAGAACCUGCACCAGCCGUCCGCCACACUGUCGCGCAAGUAUGCGUCUUCCCACAUGUCGGGUGUCUCUGCAAAGCUCACCGACUUCUUGGCCCGCCACGCCGCAUCUAUCAACAACAGCAGACUGGUUGCCAACAACAGCCGUGCCUCGCCGCCCUGCGAGUCGGCUGUCACCGCCGACAUCUACAAUACGCCUCAGAAGGGCAUGGGCGCUAUGCCCGGUGUGGCCGAUGGCUACAUGACACCGCCCAUCACUCCCGACGGGCCUUGCUUCGGAGGCAACGGUGCCACAGGAAAGGAGGUUUACCAGGCGCUGCCACCACGGUGCCCGGUCACGCCGACACCGCAGCCGAACCACGCCGCACCUGCCAACUACGUGCAGCAGCACCCACAUCAGCAGUUGCACCCGCAGCAACAGCAGCAGCAUCACCAGCCUCAAGUACACCAUGCGGCGCAAUAUGCGACCUACUACGAAGCGCACGCGGCGCAUUGA